AUGGCUCCUGUAAAGAUUAGCCACAUCGUAUCAUUUUCCUCUCAGGAUCCCAAGUAUCCUGUGGAGAACUUGCUGAAUCCAGACUGUCAGAAGGGACCUUGGCUCAGCUGCCCUCAGGACAAGAGUGGGCAGCUGAAAGUGGAACUCCAGCUGGAGAGGGCAGUGCCCAUUGGCUACAUUGAUGUAGGUAACUGUGGCUGUGCUUUCCUGCAAAUUGAUGUGGGCCGUUCUUCCUGGUCCCUGGACAGACCUUUUGUCACCUUGCUCCCUGCAACCAUGCUUAUGUCCCUGGCUGAUUCAAAGCAGGGGAAAAACCGCUCAGGGGUCCGCAUGUUUAAAGAUGAAGAUUUCCUGGCUGCGGCCUCAGGUGAGCCCUGGGAUCGACUUCGCCUGACCUGCUCCCAACCCUUCACACGUCAGCAGUCUUUUGGUCUGGCCUUCCUCCGGGUGUGUUCCUCCCUGGACUCCUCAGAUGACCCUGUGGGGGAUCUCUCUGCUCCUGGGAGCACUAGGCUAAGCCAGGGUUCUGAUGCUCCGGAGUCUGGUCCAAGCCCCUGGCUGGCUAAUCCUUCCAUUCGGAGGACGUUCUUCCCAGAUCCCCAAACGAGCACCAAGGAAAUUUCAGAGCUUAGGAAUAUCCUAAAGCAGCUGCAGCCAGGGGCUUUGGGACGUUCAGCCUGCAUGGUACUUUCAGCUGCCCGCAGGGUGCCCCCCGUGAGUAUGGCAAGCACAAAAAACAUCCAGGCAGAACCAGGUCCCAGUCAUCCAGUCAGCACAGAGCUGAGACCAGAAGAGCAAAACUCAGAGAAUAAUGUGGGCAGGACGAAGAGACGGAAAGUGCAAGCUCACAGGCCUUUAUCCAGCUCGAACUCUCGGCCAAACCGGAGGGGGAUAGCAAAGGCAGGGCAGAGAGAACACCAGCGACUCCAGGCCCAAAGCAGUGGGGUCCAGGAUAGUGCGCUGUGCCCCAUCUGCUCAGGCUCCUUCAGCAUCAAGGUUCUUCCCUGGCAUGCUGCGACUUGUGGAGAGACCUCCCCACCUCACCCAGCCUCUCCCUCCUCAUCACCAUCUUCAUCGCAGUCUGUACUGAAAACUGGACCCAGUGAAAACAGAUGGGACCCUGUGGUAUACUGGGAAGUUGAGUGCUUUUUGAGCUUAACUCCCAUUCCUCUGGUCUCCAGGCCACAGCCCAACUGGACGGAGAUUGUCAACAAAAAGCUAAAGUUCCCACCUCCGCUCCUGACUGCCAUCCAGGAGGGCCGCCUGGGCCUAGUGCAGCACCUGCUGGAGUCCGGGGUGGAGGCUUCAGGCAGCGGGCCAGGCGGGCCCCUGAGGAACGUGGAGGAGGCCGAGGACCGCUCCUGGAGGGAAGCUCUCAAUCUGGCCAUCCGGCUGGGCCACGAGGCCAUCACCGAUGUGCUGUUGGCCAAUGUCAAGUUUGACUUCCGGCAGAUCCAUGAGGCACUGCUAGUGGCAGUGGACACAAACCAGCCAGCAGCGGUGCGUCGCCUGCUGGCCCGGCUGGAACGGGAGAAGGGCCGCAAAGUGGACACUAGGUCUUUCUCGCUGGCUUUCUUUGACUCCUCAAUUGAUGGCUCACGCUUUGCCCCUGGUGUCACUCCACUCACCCUGGCCUGCCAGAAGGAUCUGUAUGAGAUCGCACAGUUGCUCAUGGACCAGGGCCACACCAUUGCCCGGCCCCACCCGGUCUCCUGUGCCUGCCUCGAGUGCAGCAAUGCCCGCCGCUACGACCUGCUGAAGUUCUCCCUGUCCCGCAUCAACACCUACCGCGGCAUUGCCAGCAGGGCCCACCUCUCACUGGCCAGUGAGGAUGCCAUGCUGGCUGCCUUCCAGCUCAGCCGGGAGCUCAGGCGCCUUGCAUGCAAGGAACCUGAGUUUAAGCCUGAGUACAUUGCCCUGGAGUCGCUGAGCCAGGACUAUGGCUUUGAAUUGCUGGGCAUGUGCCGGAACCAGAGUGAGGUCACCGCAGUACUCAAUGACCUGGGCCAAGACAACGAGACUGAACCCGAGGCUGAGGGCCUGGGCCAGGCCUUUGAGGAAGGCAUCCCCAACCUGGCGAGGCUGAGACUGGCCGUCAACUACAACCAGAAGCGGUUUGUAGCACACCCCAUCUGCCAGCAAGUCCUGUCUUCCAUCUGGUGUGGGAACCUGGCUGGCUGGCGUGGAAGCACCACCAUCUGGAAGCUCUUUGUCGCCUUCCUCAUCUUCCUCACCAUGCCCUUCCUCUGCCUCGGCUACUGGCUGGCACCCAAGUCCCGGCUGGGCCGUCUGCUGAAGAUCCCAGUGCUGAAGUUCUUGCUGCACUCCGCCUCCUAUCUGUGGUUCCUCAUCUUCCUGCUGGGUGAGUCCCUGGCCAUGGAGACACAGCUGAGCACCUUCCGCGGCCGCAGCCAGAGCGUCUGGGAGACUUCCCUACACAUGGUUUGGGUCACAGGCUUUCUGUGGUUUGAGUGCAAGGAAGUGUGGAUUGAGGGCCUGCGCAGUUACCUCCUGGACUGGUGGAACUUCUUGGAUGUGGUCAUCCUGUCCCUGUACCUGGCGGCCUUUGCGCUGCGCCUCCUUCUGGCCGGGCUUGCCCACGUGCACUGCCGGGAUGCCCCCAACGGGGCUGCCUGCCACUAUUUCACCACGGCUGAGCGAAGUGAGUGGCGCACUGAGGACCCCCAGUUCCUGGCGGAGGUGUUGUUUGCCAUCACCAGCAUGCUCAGUUUCACCCGCCUGGCCUACAUCCUGCCGGCCCAUGAGUCCCUGGGCACUCUGCAGAUUUCUAUUGGCAGGAUGAUUGACGACAUGAUCCGGUUUAUGUUCAUCCUCAUGAUCAUCCUGACUGCCUUCCUCUGUGGCCUCAACAACAUCUACGUGCCCUACCAGGAGACAGAGCGUCUGGGCAAUUUCAACGAGACAUUCCAGUUUCUGUUCUGGACCAUGUUUGGCAUGGAGGAGCACAGCGUUGUAGACAUGCCUCAGUUUCUGGUGCCUGAAUUCGUGGGCCGGGCCCUCUACGGCAUCUUUACCAUCGUCAUGGUCAUUGUGCUGCUCAACAUGCUCAUUGCCAUGAUUACCAACUCCUUCCAGAAGAUUGAGGACGACGCCGAUGUGGAGUGGAAGUUUGCUCGCUCCAAGCUCUACCUGUCCUACUUCCGGGAAGGCCUGACGCUGCCUGUGCCCUUCAACAUCCUGCCCUCCCCCAAGGCCCUCUUCUACCUUCUCAGGAGAAUAUUCCGCUUCAUCUGCUGUUGCUGUUCCUGCUGUAAAACCAAGAAGCCAGACUACCCGCCAAUCCCCACUUUUGUGAGUACCUCAUUUGCUUGUCCGUGGUCUUCGUCACAACAGGCCUUCAAUGACCUGGGCAACAGACUGACAGAGCUGACCAAGACUGUGUCUCGACUGCAAAGUGAGGUGGCUGGUGUGCGGCGGACUCUGGAAGAGGGAGGGACACCCCGACCACCCGGAGGUGCCAGCGUCCUCAGUCGCUACAUCACCCGAGUGCGCAACAGCUUCCAGAAUCUGGGCCCCCCCAUCCCUGAAGCCCCAGAGCUGACAGUGCCAGGGCUUGUGGGGACCCAGGUAUCUUCGGAAACUGGGCUUCAGGAUGCUGGAGGGGCUAGGACUCCAGCUUCUGGAGAGUCUGGCCCUUCCUCCCCAGCUCACGUGUUAGUGCACAGGGAGCAAGAAUCAGAGGCGGCUGGGGACCUGCCCCAGGAGGAAGAUUUGGGAAUCUAA